GAUUUUUGUGUGGAUGAUUAACACAAUUUUCGAGAAUUCGCCGAAUAGAGAAAGCCCCGAUAACCGAGAGGAAAUAAAAAACGAGUAAAAAGCGUGACGGUAGCGUGUGUGAACGCAUCUGGAGCAGUUGGGAUGCUGUAAGAUAAUUUCUAAAGACACUAGUUAUGCCGCUUGUCUGAGAAGAGAAACUGGGAGCGGUACUCUCGUUAUUUGAAAUAUGAAUUAUGACGGCUAGCUGAUUAAUUCGGGAGGCUACAUUUCGAGGGUGCUCGGGGAUGCUGCGCUAUGCAUCUAACUAGAGAGACUGGCACGAGGAUAGAGCGGGAGAGAAAGAGAAAAAAAACGUACCGAAGGAAAAAAGGCAGUGGAGAGGGCAAAUAUUCGCGCCUUGAGACAAAAUGCUCCAAAAGCUUCGCCGAGAAGCCUCAACUCUGCGCCCUUUUAUCAGCCAUAUCUCAAAGUGCUUCUCAAGAGCGAUCUGCGAUUCUAGUUCGCGAGAGUCGACACGAUAAUCCGGAGUUUCGGAAAGCAACAGCGAAAACGUUUCUCUCCUGCGCUCGUAGGAUGCUCGCGAAAAUUAUUUAUACGUCUAUGUCGGCUCGAGAGAUGCUUCGCAUAAACGCCGCCCCCUCUCUCAAGCUUCUCUCUCCUUUCAAGAAAGAGAGAGGAGACGAAGAAGAACUAGGACCGCGUGCGAGUGCCUUCGUGUGGUCGUCGUCAUCAUCAUCGUACUCGACGUCGACGUCGUCUGAGAGCAUGCUAGCCCGGUGGGUGGAACGAUUUCGAGAUUUCUCUCCUCUCUCGAGAAGCAAUCUCGUAUCUUCUCGUUGCUAAUAUAACUCCACAUGCUACAGCCUGAUUUACGUUUGCCAUGGCUUCGUUGCUCCCACAAGCACGAAAUGAGAGACCGAGAGAGAGAGAGAGGAGGAACAUUCUGUCCCUGACCUUCUCAAGUGACCACUGGAAAAUGCGAUUCUACUAUAAAUAUUUGUGUUAAUUCUAAUUUUAUUAUAAAUUCGUAACCUUCGCUUUACAUUAAUGAUCGAUCGUCACAGAAAUUCAAACAUUCGUUAAACAUUCGAUCUCCCUCGGUCGCUCGUACAAAAAUUAUUAUUUGUUCAACCCGAGAAACUCGAACUUCGUCCUCAAACAACGAUCCACCAGAAUUUAGAGUCAUAGCAUAUCUGCGGAUAUUUUCGAAGUAUUUCGCUCGAGCAACUGUGAAAAGAUCUUCGAAAGACCCGAGAGCUGCAGAAUCGAUAAACGAAAAAUGAAAAUUUGGAAAGCGACUCGGAUGACUCGAGCAGAAAUACAUCAAGUUCUGCUCCCGUAUAUUUUCUGAGAGCCUAUUACUCGGCGCGGUGUUUCGCCGGUGGAUACCUCAGCACAGAGAGAGAGAGAGAGAGAGAGAGAGAGACGCACAUGCACACAAAUCGGGCGCGUUUCAAUUUCAUUCUCGCUACCUCGAAUUCCGUUCCGCGUUCGCGUCUGUCGUGCUCUCGCGGUCCGAUGCUCGUAUGACGCCGCAUCUCUGUCGGUUUGUGUCGAGAGGGGAGGCUGUGUGGGUGUUGGUGUGCUUUGGACGAUGAUGAAACGUUGGAUACACAAGCGUUCGUAAAUCUUUCGUGGGUCUGCUCUCCGAAUUGGCCGCUCUUAGUAACGCGUCUCACUUCUGCAUGUGCUCGUGCGUGUCCGUGUGCUCGACUCUUUGCGAGGGAGCAUUACGUUGAUGCACUAUUUAUAAACACGUGACACCGGUCGAGCAGUUUGUGCGGGUGGCGGCGAUGAGGAAACAGAGAUGGAGAGAGAAAGAGAAGGAGGGAGAUCGAAGGGAGAGUAAACGAGAGGAAGAGAGCGAGCGAGAGUCAGACGCUUUUCUAUGUUUAUUUAAUAAGCCUGCGACUACUGAAACGUCUGUUCUCUCCGCUUUGCUUUGCCACUGUCACGCUCCACUAGUAAAACUCCGCAAAAUGCGACAACUAUGUGCAUCAAAACUGCUACCACAACAUCCUCGUCGUCGUCGUCGCGGUUAUACUCGCAUAAUCCACCUGCUCGCCGCUCCACUAAAACGCGACAAACUCCUCCGCCUGCUCCUCCCUUUUUUUUUCUCUCUUUUGUAUAACACACCGAAGAUAUCACGUCCCGGCUUUAACGUCGUUCUACUUAGCGCGACUGUUUCUGUGCUUAAUAUACUCCCCGAUUCAUUGAGCCGUGUUUCCAAAAUCUCAAUGGAACGAUCAUCGGAUACCGUGGCAUUAUUUUGCUCUCUGUACUUCGAGGUUGAAUUGAAAUGUGCUGGGGGUUAGAAACCUCGUUGCAACGACACUGCGAAUUAUUGUCCCACUUUUUUCAACGACGUGAAUGACUGCAGAAAUAAAUGAGCUUAGAUAAUCGUUUCGUUGAGGAGGAGGGAGGAGAAGAAACACGCUCGCGAAAACACUCGAUGCUUUUUCCUUCUCCUUUCGCGGCCUCUUGGCAACGCCGAGGGGGAACAAAGUGACAGUCGUCAACAAGCUCCCCAGUUAUUUCGUAAUCGCCAUUGGCAGCCGGCCCUUUCCUUUUUACUUUCGAUCAACCCUCUCCGCACCUUUAUUUUCACCUUCGAGCCGAAAAGAAGAGAGAACAAAAAAAACAAAAAAAAACAAAAAAAUCAGCACGGAAAACCAGCAGAGGAAGCGAGAAAUUCGUACGAGUGCUGAUGACAAUCGGAGUGACACGAUGUGUUGGCGAUUAAAGAAGAGGCCGAUUCGUUGAACGGAACGAAGAUUUUUUAAAAUUAAGAUUCGCCUCCACAUUCGGACGAGCUGAGAAAGUAAAAUUCUUGAUGGUGCCAAUCUCGCGGUUUCUUCGCCAUCCCAACCCUCCGGUUCGAAGGGUCAGAAAAACCCAGAAAUUGCCAAUAUAAAAACGAAUAUAUGCAGUCGUUAAAGAAUCAUAAAGCCUUUUAGAGACGUUUUUUAUGGAUCCCAAUUCACAAGAAAAAUUUCAAGUUCGUCAUCGUUUACAAUUUUUUUAUGUGCAAGAUUUUAUGAGCUGGUUCUUCGGAUAAUCAAAUCUUUUGAAUGACCCUUUUCAAUAUCUUUUUAUCGAUAUUAACAAGUUGAGAAUCUCCGCAUCUCAAUUCCCAUGUCGCCAACAUUCUCGUAGCACCUGACAAGCCUCGCAAACACACGUUGACACACGAAUCACUGUUUUUAUUUUUCACCGAUAAAUCUUCAUUCGAGAUAUACCCAAGAAGCGAAAAUGGUUAAGUAUCCUCCGAAAAUGACUGCCCUCGUCGUUUCGGCGAUACGAAAUUUACGCGAGGUUAAGGGCUCCACGCCGAGAGAAAUUUUGAACUUCAUCAAUUCUGAAUACAACGGCUCAAAUAUACCGACCGAUGGGAACGUUCAACGAAAACUCUUCACCGCACUGAAGCGAGGAUUGGAGUACGGAAUAUUGAAAGAGGUUCACGGCCACUACAGUUUGAACUCGGACCCUGAGCUGACGACCGACGGUGGGUUGAUGCCAAUGGAGAAAUGUGGUUGCGCCCCAAAGGGAAAGUCCCGUCGGCGCCGAGCGAUGAGUCGAAAGGGCGGUGGGGGUUGCAAGGGUCGGUCGAAGCGGCGUGCUCGUCGCCGAGCACAAGCGGGUUGCGGAGCUGGAGGAGGUCGGAAGCGUAGGAGGAGAGGAGGUGGCGGCAAGAGUCGUUCGAGGGGUGGUUGCAAGACGGGAGGGUCUCGUCGAUCCCGUCGAGCGAAGAGUCGAAAGGGAGGCUGCGGACCGGGAGGAGGAGGGGGUCGAAGGAGGAAGCGAGCGGCAGCGCGGCGGAGCCGACCGCGUCGCGGAAAAUCGUGCAACAGUCGACAGGACGAACAGAUGGAAAGGCUCGUCAAAGACCCGAUUGAGCCGAGCAGACAUCGCGAGAAUAACGGAACCGGAGGCUACGCGUACGAUCAUAGGGAGGAAAGGAGAAGCCAGAGUCGAGGAAGACAGAGCGUUGCUAGUCGAAGCCCGAGCCCCAGCCGAUCUUCUGAGAACAGUGAUCGCGAAGGGAACGGAGGAAAUCGACGGGAUCGAGAAGCGGAGUGACUCGGAUCUUUCGCUCACCCACCAAAUUGGCCACGUCAAUUUUUCGCACUUCUUUACUCGCUUUUUUACAACGUGCCUCUUCGAUUUAUUCCCGCUUCUCCAUAGAAUUUGCCACUUUUUGUAUAACUUCGCUGUUUUUUGAUAUAUAUAUAUUUUUUUUUUUUAAUUUUUUUUAUUGUUCUGUCAUCCAGUCAAUAUUCUGAUGUCGAAGAGCGUGGAGAAAAUCUAUAACUGACUUGUGGAAUAAAACUUAU